GGAGCCAAUUUUAUUUAGGGUUACGCACUCGAAGGGUUCACAAUGAGCGCUGUGGUGGUACAGAACAUGUCCUUCAAAGUGGGACAGACACUGACCGUCACUGGAGUCCCAAAGGCUGAUGCCACAAACUUUGCCAUUAAUGUUGGGCACAGUGGGGAGGAGAUUGCCCUGCAUGUGAACCCUCGCUUCGACGCCCACGGAGACCAGCGCGCUAUAGUCUGUAAUUCCUACCAAGGAGGGAACUGGUGCGAGGAGCAGCGAGAUGGAGCUUUCCCCUUUAACCAGGGAGAAGAGUUCAAGGUAAAGAUCACCUUCACCAGUGAGGAAUUCCUCAUCACUCUUCCAGACGGGUCAGAAAUACACUUCCCAAACCGCCUUGGUGCUGAAAAGUACAGAUACCUGCAGUUUGAUGGAGAGGCCAAGAUACAAGGCAUUGAAAUCAAAUAGAUUGAAAAGGAAUGUGAUUAAUUACUGAAUGCUUGUCACCAACUGAUUAGUGUCUUCUUUAAUUAGCUGCUUGUUGUUUGCCUUGCUGUAUUUCACCUGUGCCUUUAUCCAUUGCUCUGUUGUGCUUCCAUAUUUCACUCCUAAACUCACUCCCGUCUCUCCUCUACACCAAGCCCAAAGGUCUAGCUAUGGUACUACACAUUGUCGGCCACCAGAGGGCACUGUUUGUUGGCCACGUUCUCUUCUAUAAUGACACAGAGUGGCAAUUACAGAUUCUUUUUCCAUCAGCACAGAAGCUUUUCCUUUCGUUCUUUUCCACCACUCUUACUGCUGUUCUCACCAGUCGUCUGUGCAAUCAUUCUACAUUUCC